GAGUACCUAUUUUGUUGUGUUCGUUUUUUUUAAGUGUACAAUCUUUUUCCCACAAUCCUCAGCGGCUGCAGAAGAAAAUGAAGUCGGCCAUGUCGUGUUAGGAGUCGCGGAACGGACGACUGUGUUCAGGGAGAAAGGCUCAUUUAUUUGUGUUAUGCAGACUUAGAACCCGGCUUAAGAAAUCUCAUCAUUUGACUUUAUUUGUACUAUAAACGUUUUAUUUGGAAGUUAGUGAAUUAUUGAACUUAGAGUGUAAAAUAUGAGCGGAGGAGGGACACCGUAUAUUGGCAGCAAAAUUAGCCUAAUCUCUAAGGCCGAAAUCCGCUAUGAAGGAGUUUUAUACACCAUCGACACUGAAAACUCGACAGUCGCUCUCGCUAAAGUUCGUUCCUUUGGCACUGAAGACCGUCCCACAGACAGGCCUAUACCACCUCGGGAUGAGGUGUUUGAGUACAUCAUUUUCAGAGGAAGUGAUAUAAAAGAUCUAACAGUUUGUGAGCCACCCAAAGCCACCAGCACCCUGCCUCAGGACCCUGCCAUAGUUCAGUCAUCAAUCGGAUCGACCAGUGCAGCAGCUGCACCAUCAUUCCAGGGUGCUGGUCCCUAUGCCCCAUUUAGCAGGGCCCCUGUUCCACCUUACAGCCAGUUCGGAGUUGCACCCAUUGGAUCGCAGCAGUUUGGAUCUGCUGGAGGACGUACUAGUCCACAGCGAGACUCUUUGGCGAAAAGCUCCCCCGUGGAGCCGGUGCAGGCGCCGCCGUCUGCCACCCCUGGUCAACCUGCGGCUGUGGGACAGAGGAGUCAGACAGGAGGGGCGGCCAAACCCAGCAGCUCUUCCACCGUCACCCAGAAACCCCCUGAUCUGCUUGAGCAGAAAAAAGCUCCUGACGUUCAGAAAGCUCCCCAGCCGGAUCAUGAACAUGCUGUUGAAAACCGGGAUCCCAACAGGCGUCAACUUGGUGUUCAGUCUAACCGCCGAGGCAGGGGAAGAGGAAACCGCAGCAGGGGCAGAGUUAACGUGCGCAAAGACGGCACCGUAAAAUUCGAUGAGGACUUUGACUUUGAAACUGCCAACGCCCAGUUCCACAAGGAUGAGAUCGACAAAGAGUUUCAAAACAAGCUGAAACUGAAAGAUGACAAACCUGAAAAGGCGCUGAACGGAGAAGAGACUGCUGACUCAGAACAUCCAGCUACUGAGGGCACCGCUGAGGAAGAGGAGGCUGCGAUAAACGCGUGUUACUACGACAAGACUAAGUCCUUCUUUGAUAACCUGUCCUGUGGGGAUUCGAGUAAAACGGGUGAUGGUGGAUUUCAAAGGGAGCGCAGGCCGACCUGGGCAGAGGAGAGACGGAUGAACGCAGAGACGUUCGGCAUCCCUCUCAGACACCACCGUGGAAGAGGAGGUUACCGUGGACGGGGCUACGGUGGACCCCGUACGGGGCGGGGGCGGUCAUCGAGCAGAGGUUAUUUCGCGCCCCGGGGAGCCCCGCCUGGGUUCAGGGGCACAUACAGAGUUGGCAGAGGAGGCCGGGAUUUCCCUGACCUUGAUUACAGGAAGGAUAACAAAGUGGCUGCGUAAUGCUUCAGUGAUGGAUCCACAGGGAAUUGUAGCCACUUCUGAUAAAAUAAUAUCCAUUGUAGAAAUUUCCUGCGGUCUCUACAUUUUGACGAAGAGAAUGAAGACGAUAUUUGGACACCAGCAGCUCGGUGGACUGUUGGACAUGAUGGGGUGACAGUCCAACUCCCUCUCUCUGCUUUGAGACUUUGUAGAUUCUUUCUCCAGAAGUUUUGUCUGAAAAAUUCAAAGAUCCCUUGUAAAUGCAAAGCUUUGGAGUAAUUGCGUACUUUUUUGAUCCGUCUGAAUUCCUUUCUUAAAGUCGUCUUUGAUAUAAGGAGCAGAACGCGCUCUCAAACUGUGAGCCGAUCACAGCCCAUGUGAUCCAUAGCUUUACUUUUUUUUUCACUUUUUGAUAUAUUUUUUUUUCCGGCACCAAAUUUGUCACCUUCCUGUUGCACCAUGUUUUUUUGUUUGUUUGUUUUUUCCUGCACAGUUGGGUUGCCAUUUAUUCAAUGUUUUAACUUUCUAGUAGUUUUUUUCCUGUAACAUUCAUUUUCUGUGAUGUAGUGAGGCCAAACGGAUCAAAAAUUUUAAUUUGUAAAAUAAAAAUUGAAUGUAAGACUAGCUUGAACCAGAAGACUUUCCCAGCUUUGUAUUCUACGUUAGAUCAGACCUGAGCCCUCAGACCUCCUCGUUUUCCUCCUGGUUUCAUGGCUGGAUGUCCGCUGGUAGCGAAUUCAAGAAACCAAACUCUUUGGUUUAUCACAAAUCUUGAGCUGUUAUGGGAUUUUAUGAGUGCAGCUUUUAUUUAGAAUCGGGUUUGUUUACAUAAAGGAUACAAGAUAUAUUUUUUUCCUAAUUUGUGUUAAUUAAUAAAAUUAUACAAGGUCUUGGCAACAACUUCUAUUUACCUAAAUUUGCUGCUCUGCCAGAAAAGAAGUCUUUAAAACAGAAAUUGUCAUUGAAAUGUAUGCGCUUGUAAUUUCAGUAAUUCUAAGAAUGAUUGUUGGGAUUUUUUUUUUUUUUUAGUAAAGGCGUCCCUUUGUGUUGUACUUUUGUCUCAUGGAUGUUUCUCCCACAAUGUCAACAGGCAGCAAGUCUCCCUGCUAAAUGAAGCACUUGUAGUGUUACAUGAGUUGUUUACUCAGCGUCUGCAACUAAUUCAGAUGCAUUUCUAACUGGAUUUUGAUCGAUUGUAGCUCCAUUUGUUGCAUUGUUCUCAGGAGUGAAUUUAUUUUUUUACUGACUUGUUAACAAAGGGACAAAAGCUGGAUGCGGAGCCAGUAUUGUCAAGUUCUCGUUCAUUUUUAAAUCCAAUCCUCAGACAUUUUAGGGAGUGCCUUGAGCGUAGCGGUCUGGUUUGUUUCCCCUGCAUUUCUCUCCCUUUAACUUAAAUGUUAAAUCUUGACAGAAGUACUGCUAGCACUACAAGAGGAACAUAGAUCCUCUUCUUUGUAUGUGGUCUAAACAGUAAAUGUCUUGAAAAGUUUAUUGCACAAACAGCUGAGAAAUGCUUGAUGGCCUGUGGAAUUUCUAUUUGCUUAAACAGUAUCUGAUAUGAUUCGACUCAAAAUUGUUAUUCUAGCCAGAACUGACAUUUUUCAUGUUUGCUACUCUUUCCAGUCACUGGAAUUGUUUUCUUGGGAUAUCGUUCAAAUUAAGUUUUUACAAAAAAUAAAGAGUUGUACAAUUUA